AAACAAAUAAAAAAUGGAAUGAGGUUAUGAUUACUAAAAUUGCUAAAGCAUACUUCAAAACCUUAAAAAAAGAGCAAAAUACUACACCAGCUAUGAAACUUUUAAAUGAUCAACACUCAAGAUGCCGCAAGCAAUGUGAUACAAAAUCAUCUAAUCAUUUGGCUGCUUUAAAUAAAAUUUCUGAAGAACAAUUAAGUCAUCCUAAAGGUGAAGUUAAAAAAUUAUUCUCUUUUGAGAUGACAUCUCCAGAAGUAUCCGAUAUUGAAGAAAAGGGAAUUUGUAUUCAUAACCUUGCAAAUGAUGUAAUCAAGCAAACUCGAGUAGAAAAGUUAAAUUCUGAAGGCCAUCAUUCUUUCACCACUCCAUGCCACAUGAAAUUAUUAAAACAGACAACCCAAG